CGACGCCCCCCUCCCCCCUCGGGGGCGACGACAGUGACGCCGACAUGAAUCUGCACCAGGUGCUGACGGGCGCCGUGAACCCCGGGGACCACUGCUUCGCCGUGGGGAGCGUCGGCGAUCAGCGCUUCACGGCCUAUGCUUCUGGAUGUGAUAUUGUGAUUUUGGGAAGUGACUUUGAAAGAUUACAGAUAAUCCCUGGAGCUAAGCAUGGAAACAUCCAAGUGGGAUGUGUGGAUUGUUCAGUGCAACAAGGGAAGAUUGCAGCAUCCUAUGGAAAUAUUAUCUGUGUUUUUGAACCAGUUAACUUACUGAAAGCAAAGAACAAUCCUCGAGCAGGAUUAUUUAACCAGUGGCAGAAAAGUGGCCAAUUUAUUCUGGAGUCGAUAGCACAUAAUAUUACGUGGGAUCCCGCAGGUUUGCUCCUCUUGACUGGUUCCAGUUGUCUGCAGCUCUGGCGCACUGCUCAUUUGGAGAAGCCAUCCGAGAAUGAGAGUCUCGAAAGAACAGAUCUUAACUUUGGGGAUUGGAGGUGUAUUUGGAACUGCAAAACUGCUUCCCAAGUUCACUUAAUGAAAUUUUCACCAGAUGGAGAAUUUUUUGCAACGGCAGGAAAGGACGACUGCCUUUUGAAGGUUUGGUAUAACACUAAUAGCUGGCGGUCGUCAGUUACCUCUCAUGAUACCCUAACUCCCGAAAAGCAGACCCAAGGAGAAGUUGACUUUUCAUUUAUCUACCUGGCCCAUCCUCGUGCAGUAAAUGGAUUUGCUUGGCGAAAGACCAGUAAAUACAUGCCUAGGGCUUCUGUUUGUAAUGUUUUGCUGACCUGCUGCAAGGAUAACGUGUGUCGUUUGUGGGCAGAAACUUUCCUACCAAAUGAUAGUCUGCUGUUUGGAGGAGACUGCAGCCAUUUGACGGAACCUGCCAAUUUGACAAAUAACUUCAAGAGAAAUGCCUCCAGCAAGGAAAGGGUUCAAAGUGCUUUAGAAGUAAACCUGAGGCAUUUUCGCCGAGGAAGGAGGAGAUCACUUGCCCUGACAGCCCAUACGGGAUACUUGCCUCAUCAGCAGGAUCCCCAUCAAGUCCAUCGGAAUACUCCUUUGCAUGCCAAUGCACUCUGUCACUUUCAUAUUGCUGCCAGCAUAAACCCAGCCACAGAUAUUCCUCUGCUCCCUUCUAUCACAUCUUUGAGUCUCAGUGAAAAUGAAGCAAAGAGUGGGCCUUUUGUAGUGCACUGGCUGAACAAUAAGGAAUUGCAUUUCACUUUAUCGAUGGAAGUGUUUUUACAGCAACUGAAAAAGAGCUUUGAACAACAGUCUCCUGAGGCCAGUACAGAAGACUCUAAUCAGAUGGCAGAUGGCAAAUCUGAUGAAGAAACAGAUGACAACCUUGAUGAUCUGAAAACAAGUCAUGAGAAGGAGUCGAGUAGUGAGCAAACCAUACCAAGUUCAGGCUGUGUUUCCCUGCCUUCUGCCAUUAUUGAUCAAGAGAUCGAAUUGCUUCUGGCCGAAUGGAGUAAAAACGCAGACAUGCUUUUCAGUAUUCAUCCCGUGGAUGGUUCUUUGCUGGUUUGGCACGUGGAUUGGCUGGAUGAAUACCAGCCUGGCAUGUUUCGUCAGGUGCAGGUGUCCUUUGCCUCCAGAAUUCCAGUAGCCUUUCCCACUGGUGAUGCAAACUCCCUUUGCAGAAGCAUAGUGAUGUAUGCCUGUACUAAGAAUGUGGAUUUGGCGAUUCAGCAGGGCAGACAGAAGCCCUCUGGUCUCACGCGGUCUAUGUCAAUGCUCAUCUCUUCCGGUCACAGUAAAUCGGCCAACAGCUUAAAGUUAAGCAUCUUCACUCCGAACGUCAUGAUGAUCUCAAAGCACGCAGACGGGUCUUUGAAUCAGUGGCUAGUCAGUUUUGCGGAGGAAUCUGCAUUUUCCACAGUGCUCAGUAUUUCCCACAAGUCCAGGUACUGCGGACACCGCUUCCAUCUUAAUGACCUGGCUUGCCACUCGGUGUUACCGCUGCUGCUGACGACGUCGCACCACAACGCCUUACGGACGCCAGAUGUCGACGACCUUAAACAACCAUAUGAUGCUUUGAAUCCCGAGGAGUCGACUGUGGGACACCAGAAUCGAGGCACCAGAGACGUAACGUUCCAGGACCCCAACGCGGUUUAUAGCGAGCUGAUUCUUUGGAGAGUCGAUCCAGUUGGGCCAUUGUCCUUUUCUGGUGGUGUUUCUGAGCUGGCACGGAUUAAUUCCCUUCACGUUUCAGCCUUUUCCAAUGUCGCAUGGCUGCCUACACUUAUACCUAGUUACUGCUUAGGUGCGUACUGCAACUCUCCUAGUGCUUGCUUUGUGGCGAGUGAUGGACAAUAUCUGAGAUUAUAUGAAGCUGUUACUGAUGCCAAAAAACUUUUAUGUGAACUAUCUAACCCUGAAAUUUCUAAAUAUGUUGGUGAAGUAUUUAACAUUGUAAGUCAACAAUCAACAGCAAGACCCGGAUGCAUUAUAGAGUUAGAUGCUAUUACAGAACUUCAUGGCAGAAAAACACAGCUCCUUCAUGUUUUUCAAGAAGACUUCAUUUUCAAUAAUAAAGAGAAGAAAAGGCCAGCAAAGGACAGCAUUUUAUCAGAUUCCGGUAAUCCACCAGAUGGAUUUUCUGAAAAGUUUUACCUAAUCGUGAUUGAGUGCACUCAAGACAAUCGUUCACUACUACAUAUGUGGAAUUUACACUUAAAAUCCAUUCCCGUCUCAAUGGAUGAGAAGAUUGACAGCAGUCUACCUGAUGCAUUGUCACAACAGGCAGAGUUAUAUUCUUCUUCUCCAGAAAAGAUCCAGUCCCCUUUUGUACAGAAGUAUCAAGCUUGCAGAGCUAACCUUCAAAGUACCAGCAAAUUGACACUUUCUUCAGAAAUGGUUUACAGCCAAGAGCUGAAUUUACCAGCAGGAGUUGAAAUAAUCAGUGUCAAGCCAUCAGCAGGGCAUCUGAGCUCCUCUUCAAUAUAUCCUGUUUGUACUGCCCCUUAUUUACUGGCAACCUCAUGCUCAGAUGAGAAAGUGAGAUUUUGGAGAUGCAGAGUGACCAGCGUAGAAGCCGUCACAUCAGAGAGUACCGGAACCACGAUGGAUACAUAUAUUUGGGAAGAAUGGCCAUUACUCAUCGAGGAUGGACUUCACAGUAGCAGUGUUGUAAAUAUACCCGGCAGGCCUGUUGAAGUUAGCUGCGCACACACAAAUCGUUUAGCUGUAGCAUACAAGCAGACGGCAGCUAACAGUAGAUCUUCCCAAGGCUUUAUGAUGCACGUUGGUAUUUUUGAAUGUGAAUCUACAGGCGGUUCGUGUUGGAUUCUGGAGCAGACAAUCCAUUUAGAUGAACUGAACGUAAUGCUGGAUGCUGGCAUUGGGAUCGAUAGCAAUUUAGUGACUUACAGUAAGCAAGAGGUUUAUUUGUCUGGUAAAGAGAAUAUUUUGCCACGCACAAAGCACUUGGUUCACUUAGACUGGAUGUCUCGAGAGGAUGGUUCGCACAUCCUGACCGUAGGAAUCGGGUCCAAGCUGUUUAUGUAUGGACAGCUGGCUGGACAGAUUCAGGAACAGAGCGGGAAAGAGAGCUUGGCUCUUCCACUGUGGGAAGACAGCAAAGGCACGUGUCUCUCCAAAUUUGUAUUGCUGCGGUGUGUUGACUUGAUCUCGUCAGUAGAAGGAUCACCGCCGUUCCCCGUCUCUCUAUCUUGGGUACGUGAUGGCAUCCUCGUUGUGGGGAUGGACUGCGAAAUGCAUGUUUAUUCUCAAUGGCAGCCGGCUUCCAAACAAGAGCCUGUUGUCGCAGAUUCGUUUAGUGGCAGUACCCCCUCACUAGUCAGUUUAAUGAAACAGAGCAGUUCAUCCAGUUCCGGCCCACACCCACCAAAGAAACCUCUGACCAGAUCCACGGCCAGCCUCGCGCAGAAAAUCUGUGGCAAGAAAACUGCAUUCGAUCUCACUAUGGACAUGGAAGAUUCGGGACUCUUCGAAGCGGCUCACGUGCUGUCCCCGACUUUACCUCAGUAUCACCCACUGCAGCUCUUGGAACUCAUGGAUCUUGGCCGAGCGCGUAGAGCCAAAGCCAUCCUGGCUCAUUUGGUCAAGUGUAUCGCCGGGGAAGUUGUGGCUUUGAAUGAGUCUGAAUCCAAUCAUGACCGCCGACUCCGGUCUCUCACUAUCAGUGCCAGCGGUAGCACUACAAGAGACCCCCAGACGUUCCACAGGACAGACAAUAUGGAUUACACGGAGAUAGAUUCCGUUCCUCCCCUCCCUCUCUAUGCUCUUCUCGCCGCAGAUGAGGACAGCUCAUAUUCUCUGGAAAAGCCCCCGCACCAGAGUACCUUGACUAAACCAAAGGAAUUACCUCGAGAAAAUUACGACGAACUCUUCCGGAUCUCAACCCCAACGCCAGACGAUGUCGACGUAUUGGAGGUAGAGGGAGAAGAUGUUAAACCUGAGGUCAUCGAUCUUUCUCAAUACGGUCCCACUUACUUUGGCCCUGAACACGCCCAGGUUCUUUCAAGCCAUUUGCUUCGUUCGAGCUUGCCAGGACUCAACAGGAUGGAGCAAAUGUCACUGAUGGCCUUGGCAGACACCAUUGCAACAACCACCACUGAUAUUGGAGAAAGCAGAGACCGAAGUCAAGGUGGAGAAACGCUUGAUGAAUGUGGGUUAAAAUUUCUUUUGGCUGUUCGGCUACAUACGUUUCUCACAACUUCCCUACCCGUGUAUCGAGCUCAGCUGUUUCAUCAAGGCUUGUCAACUAGCCAUUUUGUCUGGGCCUUUCAUUCAGUAGCCGAAGAAGAACUGCUAAACAUGCUCCCUGCAAUGCAGAAGAACGAUCCAACUUGGUCCGAACUCCGAGCGAUGGGGGUGGGAUGGUGGGUUCGAAAUAUCUCCGUUCUGCGAAGAUGCAUAGAAAAGGUGGCAAAAGCAGCAUUUUAUCGAAAGAAUGAUCCAUUAGAUGCUGCCAUUUUUUACCUUGCAAUGAAAAAGAAAGCUGUGAUUUGGGGAUUGUACAGGUCCCAAAAAGACACCAAGAUGACACAGUUUUUUGGACACAAUUUUGAGGAUGACAGAUGGCGUAAAGCAGCAUUAAAAAAUGCCUUUUCUUUGCUGGGAAAACAGCGAUUUGAACAUUCAGCUGCAUUUUUUCUCUUAGCUGGUUGCCUAAGAGACGCAGUCGAGGUAUGUCUUGAGAAACUGAAUGACAUUCAGCUGGCCCUUGUAGUAGCGAGACUUUAUGAAUCGGAAUUUGAUACCUCUGCAACAUAUAAGUCAAUACUGCACAAGAGAAUUUUGGGACUAGACACUUCAGUCAAAGAACCUGGUUCAUUUGACAUGCACUCUGACCCAUUUCUUCGAAGUAUGGCUUAUUGGAUUUUGGAAGAUUAUAGCAGGGCCCUUGAUACUUUAAUAAAGCAACCUGUGAGAGAAGGAGAAGGAGAUCAAAGCACCAUGUCAUCAGCUUGUAAUCCUGCAGUGUUUAAUUUCUACAAUUACCUUCGAACACAUCCUCUAUUGCUGAGACGUCAUUUUGGCUCUUCUGUUGUAUCUUCCACAAAGAUUUGUUUAACAGGAGAAAAUGGACUAGCAGGCAACAUUAAUUUAAGUGAAAGAAAAUUGUUUUUCACAACCGCUCAUGCUCAUUUAAAAGCUGGGUGCCCAAUGUUGGCCUUGGAAGUGCUAUCUAAGAUGCCGAAAGUGAUCAAGAAGUCAAAGCCCUUUUGUAGAAGUUCUAGUUUGAUGGACACUAGUAAAGACUGUUCUCCAUCGUCUCCUUUGAAGUUAGAUAGCAAGCAGUUCAAAUCUUCUAGUGUAGACUGGUCUCAGUCAAUAAUAAAUGGCCUGGGAUCGUCUUCUGACAGUUCAUCAGAUAAGCAAUCCAACUCCACCCUUUCUUUUGACUGGAGUCAACCAAGUAUGGUAUUCCAGGAUGAGUCUUUAGAGUUACAGUGGGGCAGUGAUAAAGAUGAGGAGAAUGAGGAUACUCCUCUUUCAAUGAAGGAACUCAAACGGUGUAAGAAAGAAAUGGAUGACAAACCGGACGGUACUAGAACCAGCUACACGGAAUCUUUUAGCCCUGUAGAUGAAUGUGAUAUUUUGAAUCCAUCAGAUGAUGUAAUUGCCAUGCAGUUGAAAUUUAGAGCCUGCUUAAAGAUUCUCACGGUCGAACUUCGUACGCUAUCCACUGGUUAUGAGAUAGAUGGUGGGAAAUUAAGGUACCAGCUGUAUCACUGGCUUGAAAAAGAAGUAGUGGCUCUUCAGAAGACCUGUGACUACUGUGCUGCUGUUGAGGAGUCACAGCCUGAAUUUAGCGAAACAGCAGACGACAUCGCAUUGUGUGCAGACGACACAGCGCCGGACCGACAAAAAGGAAGGAAACAACUGAGAGAGAAUUUUCGGAAGCGACGGCAGUGGCUUCUGAAGUAUCAGUCCCUUCUUAGGAUGUUCCUUAGUUACUGUAUACUGCAUGGAUCUCAUGGUGGAGGCCUUGCGUCUGUGAGAAUGGAAUUGAUUUUACUUUUACAAGAAUCCCAACAGGAACAAUCAGAUCUCCUAUUUCCUAGCCCUCUGCCAGAGCAAACCUCUGUACCUCUUCUCUUUGCUUGUACUGCCAGUGCCAAAACGGUAGUAGCCAAUCCUUUAUUGCACCUUAGUAAUUUGACCCAUGAUGUACUGCAUGCCAUAAUAAACCUUGAUUCACCACCUCAUCCUGACGUCCAAAGCAAUAAAGUACAUGUCAUGCACACUUUAGCAGCAUCACUCUCUGCUUGCAUUUAUCAGUGCCUUUGUGGGGGCCAUAGUUACAGUUCAUUACAAGCAAAUCAGUUCACUGGAAUGGUCUAUCAGACACUGCUGCUCCCCCAAAGACAUUCUUUCAAAGGAGCAGGCUUAGAUGAAAUGGUGACUCCCAAUACCUCACCAUCUCAGUGGCCAGGUAUCAGUGCUCUGAUUUGCCUUUUGAACUCGGCCGGCGAGGAAGCCCAGUCGGGGCUCACGGUCCUCCUUUGUGAAAUCCUCACAGCAGUGUACCUGAGCCUCUUCACCCAUGGUCUGGCAACGCAUUCUAGCAAUGAGCUCUUCCGCAUCGUAGCUCACCCUCUUAAUGACAAAAUGUGGUCUGCUGUGUUUGGCGGAGGCGCUCACGUCCCUGUCAGAGGACAAAAGACGUCGAAAGCUGUCUCUGUGCCUCCUCCAGUGGAAGAUAGUGAAAAACAACAGAAACGCUUUAGGCCUUCGUCAAAGAUGUCUUCCAAAGAGUGCCUUCUAGAGACCCCUUCUUCAUCAGGAGUAGCCCAGGAAUCUUUGACUUACAAGGAGAAGUAUGUCCCUCCUGAGCUGAGUAUCUGGGACUACUUUAUAGCAAAGCCUUUUUUCCCACCAUCCCAAAAUAAAGUAGAGUAUGAUUCAGAGGAGAGUCAGGAAAGUGAAGAUGAAGAAGAUGGUUUUACUUCAGAGUUACUCAUCCAAGAACAUUCCAAUUGCAAUUCUUACAGUUGGUCAUUGAUGCGAUUGGCUAUGGUACAACUGGUACUUCAUAAUUUGAAGACCUUCUACCCAUUGGCUGGGCACGAUCUUUCAGAGCUUCCUGUUAGCUCCCCGCUGUGUCACGCAGUUCUGAAAGUUCUUCAGCGAUGGGAACAAGUUCUUCUCCGAAGACUUGAAAUCCACGGUGGGCCGCCCCCAAACUAUAUUUCCAUCCACCCCUCUGAAGAAAACUUAGCGGCAGGUCCUGCGAUUCUUCGCCAUAAAGCUUUGCUUGAACCUACAAACACUCCUUUCAAGUCUAAUCAUCAUCAUGCACUGUCUGUGAAGAGGCUUUGGCAGUACUUAGUGAAGCGGGAAGAAGUUCAAGAAACCUUUAUCAGAAAUAUAUUUACAAAGAAAAGGUGCCCAAAUGAGUCGUUAGAGGACCACAGUGAAAUCAUCAAAAAUACUAUGAUGGACGAGCCAACCAGCAACAAGAUAGAAGCAGAGCUGGGAUAUCCUGGAGGCAAAGCAAGAAUUAUACAUAAAGAAUCUGACAUUAUUACUGCUUUUGCUGUUAAUAAAGCAAAUCGGAAUUGCAUAGCAAUUGCUUCUAGCCACGACAUCCAAGAACUAGAUGUUUCUGCUAUUCUGGCUACACAAAUCUAUACCUGGGUGGAUGAUGAAAUGGAAGCGGAAACAAAAGGGGCUGAUGAUUUCUUGGUCAUACACACUCGUGAAGAUAUAGCACCUGUUCAAGGUACCACACCUUAUACACCUAGUAAUCCUGGCACCCCGAUCAACAUGCCUUGGCUUGGAAGUACACAGACUGGCAGAGGGGCAUCUGUGGGGUAUACCAAUAAAUUUACUGGAAUCAGGAAGGAAUUGACGAGGAAGGAGAUGAUUAAGAAAGCUAUUAAUAACGUCAGAAGAAUGGCUUCUCACCCGACACUUCCUUACUAUCUGACUGGCGCUCAAGAUGGAAGCGUGAGGAUGUUCGAGUGGGGACAUUCCCAACAAAUAACUUGUUUCCGAUCUGGUGGUAAUUCGAGGGUGACGAGAAUGAGAUUUAACUAUCAGGGAAAUAAGUUUGGAAUUGUUGAUGCUGAUGGAUACAUAAGUCUGUAUCAGACCAACUGGAAGUGCUGUCCAGUUACAGGAAGCAUACCUAAACCAUACCUGACAUGGCAGUGUCAUAGCAAAACAGCCAAUGAUUUUGUUUUCAUCAGCUCCUCUUCUUUGAUAGCCACAGCUGGUCUGUCUACUGAUAACAAGAAUAUAUGUUUAUGGGAUACUCUUGUGGCACCAGCUGAUAGUUUAGUACAUGCUUUUACCUGCCAUGAUAAUGGAGCUACUGUGCUGGCGUACGCUCCAAAACAUCAGCUGUUACUAUCAGGAGGCCGAAAAGGCUUUACCUGCAUGUUUGAUCUGCAACAAAGGCAGCAAAGACAGUUUUUCCAAAGCCAUGAUUCUCCAGUUAAAGCCAUUGCCGUGGACCCAACUGAGGAUUAUUUUGUCACGGGAUCUGCCGAAGGCAACAUAAAGAUCUGGAGCUUAUCCACCUUUAAUCUUCUCCACACUUUUAUCAACGAACAUGCACGACAGUCCAUCUUCCGAAACAUCGGAACUGGAGUAAUGCAGAUUGAGACUGGACCGGCCAAUCACAUUUUCUCUUGUGGAGCCGACGGUACAGUGAAGAUGAGAAUUUUGCCCGAUCGAUUCAGCCCCUUAAAUGAAGUGUUGAAAAAAGAUGUCAAAUUUAUGCUGUAACAUUUUUGGCCCCAGUAUGUAAAAACUUCUUAAAUACCUGAUUUCAUGGACAUGGCCCUAGUAGAUAUGAUGUUCAAUGAUCACUUUAGAGUCGGUGACCAAAAAUAGCUGUUGCUUUUUCGUGUUCAUAUUUAUUGUAUGGAGCUUUGCCAGGGAUACAUUGAUGCCUUAAUGAAAACAAGGUUGUUCAGAAUUUGAUUAUAUUGCCUAAAGUAGGAAGGAUAUGUAAGUCUGUAAUAUAUAUAUUUAUAAUACAGGUAUGAUGAUGUUAAAGUGUUUCUUCCCCUUCCCUGCCUUUCCUUUUUUUAAAAAAAAAAACAAAAAAACAACAGAAAUCCUUUCCUAGACAUCGUUACCUGAGAUUCCUUCGUGAGCCACUUAACCUGAAGGCUUGUUCACUUUGAAGGCUAUAACCAAAUCCUUUUUGGGCCAAAUGAAAAUAUAUCCCAAUUGCCCUCUUUCCACUUGGUGAGAGGUGAAUGUUGGGUUAAGGGAACAAGUUAGCGAAGACUUCUGAAUUCAAUUGUCGGCCCCGCUCCCCUCCACUAGAGCCCAGGUUUAGUCUUCAUCAUGUUCCCAACAGAAAUUUAAUGUGUGUCUUGUGCUGUGAUAAGAUUCACUGCCACCAGGAUGGCAAAGUUUUUUGUACUUAGAACAAAAAUGCCUACAUUUUUAAACUUGAAACCCCUCACCAAAUAUUGCAAGAAACCUCCUUCCAAAAACGUGUUUGAAUGUAGAGGUUUCAAAGAAGAAAUGUUAGUCUUAGGAAGUAAGGAAAACUAUAUAGAAAUAGAUGAUAGAAUAGGAUUUUAGUUUGGUUAAAAGGUUAUUUAUUUAAGCACCUAUCAAAAUGGAUACAGAUAGGAAUUUUACGUGUGCCUCUCUUGAUUGGUUUUUUUUUUUUCUUGCGAAGUUUCCUUCAAAAACAGGCCCAAUAUAAUAGCAUGUGAAGGACAUUGCUCGUAGAUCUACCAUAAAUAGACGAGUGCAAAAGAGAUCUUUGGGACUUUUUCUUUUUUGCCAAAAUGAACAAUUUCACAAUUUACAUGUUUUGACCAAAAUCUAACAAAUGUACAAAGCCUGUAACUUUUUUAGUGUGCUUCCAUUAUUUCUCUAACUACUUUGGGCUGUAUCUUUUCUCACUUGAAAGUUGUAGAACGCUUGAGAAAAACCACUUGAUUUUUACCAAUGAGACUGAUAGCUGAAGGAUUCGUUGCUUAAGUGCAAAACCUGUAAUUGUUUUGCUUAAAGAUACGUUAUGGAAGACCUGAAAUACAAAGCAUUUUUGUGUAAUAUAAGUAUGACAGAAGUCAUCCUGGAGAUUAGAGGGACAAUAAAGCAAAUAAAUUGAAGGGCUGGUAAAAUGAGUUUUGUAAUAUUCUCAGGAUACUUAAAAGUAUGUGGCUAGAGAUUUUGUAAAUUGUGCUACAUUUUCAAUGUGUUGAGCCAGUUGCAGUGCAAACACUAAAGUGGAGGAUUUUUAAUGGAUGUAAUUCCCUGAACUUAAUUGUGCAAUAACAACAUAUGUAAAUAUUUUGCCAUGGAUAAAUCUGAGACAGCAUUGCAGAGCACCAGAUUAGCUAUUAGACCUAACGAAUGAGAGUUAUUCUUGAUCAAUAUUCUACUUGCCCAACAUCAAGAUUUCAAAGGCUUUAAGCCUACUUUUACUAAGAGAAAUGCAAUAUGUCUGGGAAGCAUUGUGUGCUUUAAUUGAGGUUUCUAAUAACCAUUACAUAAUGUUCAACCCUUAUGUAUUUACCCCAGAGUCAUAGUAUUUUAAAAUAAACAGUCAUGCAGAGA